UGAGAUUUUCGAUAAAUUGCAUCGCAGUUGAAAAGUAACUGCAGAAUCUACAACUCGUGAACAUGUCGAGUUAUUCACCGACGUUAGCUUUGACAGCGGUCUUCGUUCUUACGAACUUCGUUCUUGUUUCGACGCAAUAUUCCUGCGUUGAAAUUAACCGGAACUACAAUCUCACCGAAGCCGACCUUGCACGGUUAACGGCGUCGUCGACAACUGCUAAAUUCAAUGGUGAUUUGACGGUUGGUAAUAGACUGUCGAAUGACUCGUUAUGGACGCUUCAAAUGACAGUCACUAAUCCGUCUUCCUCGGUCAUAAGUUCGUCGUGCCACUGGGGUUUUCCACCAUCGAUAAAAAUAAAUUGGAUGAGCAUAAUAAAUGAACCAGGCAGUGAUGCUGUGUUUUGCGAUGCCGCUGGAAACCUUGGUGACAGACUUAUCGCCUUCUCCGUUCGUGUCAAUCCAAACAGUACAGCGCUUUUCAACUUGUACGUCGCAACCUAUAGUUUACCACAACAUCCGUUCCCGUUCAAUAACGCUGCAUAGAUUUUCUUGAAUUCGUUGAUGAGUAAAAAUAAUUUUGUGCCUUGUAUCGGUGAAAAUAAAAAAAAUUUUAUAAUCGAUACUUGGCGACGAAAUCAUAAGUAAACCGAUACUAUUUUACACGGUGUCAUGGUGUUUCCGUACCGUUUACUUGACGGUGAUGUUUUCUGCUUGAUUGUAUGGAGAAAUCCUUUCGGAAUAAAUUACUGGAUAAAUCAAAA